UCUCUUUACCUCAAGAAUAUCACUACCUUCAAGCAAAGGGCUGCAGAUCGAGGGGGUAUGUUCGUACUGGAUAGCUAGAUAUGGGAAGUGUUGGCAAUUAUUUGCCUGUCGUUGGUAUGAUCCUGGUGCAACUGGGUCUUGCUGGUCUGAAUGUGUUGUCAAAGCUCACCAUGGCGUCCGGCAUGAGCCCUUACGUGCUCAUCACCUACCGAAAUCUUCUUGGGGCUGUCUUCCUUGCUCCCUUUGCUUUCUUCUUCGAACGAAAAACUUGGGACUCAAUUAGCAAGAAGACACUAUUACAAAUUUUCGUAUGCUCCGUUGUUGGUGCGACGAUGAACCAGGUGUUCUACUUCGUGGGCCUCAAGUACAGCCGCCCGACCGUGGCGUCCGCGCUGAACAACACCCUCCCGGCGGUGACCUUCGCGCUAGCGGCCGCGCUCAAGAUGGAGCCCGUGGCGGCGCUCGCCGGGAAGGCCAAGGUGGGCGGCACGGCCCUCUGCGUGGUCGGCUCCAUGCUGAUGACCUUCUACAGGGGCCCCCUCGUCAGGACCCUGGCCUCCCCGAUCCACUGGCCGUACGUCCAGCGCACCAUGGCCGCCGAGGCCGCGGCCCACGCCGGCGGGCACACUGCGGCCCUCGGAGCCGCCCUGGUCAUCGCCUCAAAUGUCGCGUGGGCCGUCUGGUUCAUCGUUCAGAAGAAGAUGUCCAACAGCUACGCGUCCCCGUACACGACCACGGUGCUGAUGGCGUCCAUGGCCAGCGUCCAGUGCGGCGCCAUCGCGGUGGCCGCGGAGCACAGGCUCUCGGCGUGGGCGCUCGGGUUCGACAUCAGGCUCAUUGGCUCGCUCUACGCGGGGGUAGUGGCGUCCGGGAUUGUGAUCGCGGUGAUGUCGUGGUGCAUCCAGGUGCGCGGGCCGGUGUUCGUGUCCAUGUUCAGCCCCAUGAUGCUCAUCAUCGUCGCCGUCGUCGGGUGGGGCAUCCUCGGCGAGAAGAUACGCGUCGGCAGCAUGAUCGGCGCCGUGUUCAUAGUCGUGGGCCUGUACACCGUGCUCUGGGGCAAGGGAAGGGACAUCGUUGCCACGGAAACUGCGGAAGACGACGAGGAGAAGAAAAUCGGCGGCGGCGAACCCAGCAAUGGGGCCGUCGUCGAUGGCUCGGCGGUCUCGCGGCCAUGCCCCGCUGCUGAUAGUCAUGAGGCAACGGGCAAACCGUAGCAUGGCACGAGAUUUGCAGUGCAGUCAUAACUGGUGUCAUGGCCUGAGUUUAUGCCUUCUUGGAGUGUUGAACAAACAGAACCACAUGAUUAGCUUGUUUCACUUAUUUUAUGAAUCCAUCACUCCGAUCCAUUUAA